AUGCCGGCAAAUGUUGAUAACGACUGUGGAAAUGUAGUCAUUACAUGUAGUGAAGGCUUUAAGAUGGUACAAGGGCUGGAAUGUAUUGAUGAAGAAUGGAGAUAUCAAAAACCAAUAUGUGAACCCACAGAGUGUCCACAAGGUGUGAAUAUCAAGAACUCUGAUAAUGUAACAGAAUCCAGAAAUAUUGAUGAAGUUUUAACUUUUGAAUGUUUUAAUGGCAUAAAUGGUCUGAUGGGAGCUCAGAGAUGUGGUGAAGAUGGUAAAUGGAUAGAAGAGCAAGCUUGUCCAGCAGAGUGUCCACAAGGUGUGAAUAUCAAGAACUCUGAUAAUGUAACAGAAUCCAGAAAUAUUGAUGAAGUUUUAACUUUUGAAUGUUUUAAUGGCAUAAAUGGUUUGAUGGGAGCUCAGAGAUGUGGUGAAAAUGGUAAAUGGAUAGAAGAGCAAGCUUGUCCAGCAGAGGUAUACCCAGCAAAGUUUAUAACAAUUGUUAAUUAUGGUCAGGCUCUAUCAACCAAUUGUACUGAAGCUUGUCUUAACGAUACCCGGUGUAGCUUUGCUGGACCAGCCACUUCAAGCAAAUGCAAUCUCUUUGAAGAACCCAUUUUCUUUAUCGGUUUUGCUCAAACUCUUUCCGAUUGCUUCCAGUUAUGUAAAAAAGACAUAAGAUGUUUGACAUUAUCUUACCAAUUUUUCAAUUGCAACUUAUUCAGUGUCAACUACACCACGGUAGAAACUGAAUAUCCAAUUACAGACAGUGAUGAGGGAAUCAUUGUAUCUGGCUUUUAA